UUACCCUUUCGUUUAUUUUCUGGAACGCACUACUAGGUGGCCAAUGACAUAAUUUAUUAUUUUUUAUAUGAAGUGUUCUAGCAUACGAGAAAUCAAAUAAUACUGGAGUUACGUUGAAACCAAUGUUCUGUCCAAUGAGCCAACCUAUCCCCCACAUCUAGAGGUACCUUUAUUGACAAUCCUUUUAUGUGGCACCUUGUCAAAUGCUUUCUGAAAAUCCAGAUAUGCCACAUUCACACCUGUACCCUUAUCCACAUUAGGAGUGACCUCUUCAGUAAUGUCAAAAGAUUAGUAAAUUCAUGUCACGGACAGUUGAGAAUUUAUGUGAAAAUGACCACAAAAAAUAAGAAGUUAUCACUGGACUUGAGGAUGACUAAGAAAGGAGGAAAAGAAACAUUUGUAAAACUAACAAAUGGUAGUGCUUCUUCAGAGCUGAACACUCCCCCUGAAAUAUCUGAUUCUAGUUCCGAUCUUUCAAGUAAUAGUGAAAGAAAGUUAAUUAGGAGAAGUUCUCUCAUUUGCUCAACUGGAAUCGAUAAGUUUACCUAUGAUAGUGAUAAUGCUCAUGGCAAAAGCCAACUGCUAGAUUUUGAUGUGGAUACCGACCGUGCUGUACCAUGUACUAGUGAAGUCUCUUCUUUAAGCAUUAGUGAUCACAUUUCUGUUGCUAGUGAUGGAGAAACUAGUCCUACCAUCAAAAGAAAUUCAGUGGUACAUCCUGGUAGAGUAGACCUUCAACGAUCUCUUUGCAUUAAUGGAAGAUUUCAAAAUCCGUGGCCAACAUGGCGUCCUCCAACUAUUACAAAUAUCUUGAAGUUUGGGCUUUCAAAAGAUAAGAGUAACAUCCCAUCAAAAACUGAAUUGGACCUUAUUUUGCCCUUGACAAUGCCAGACUUCUCUGAAAUUGACUCAUCUCCGAAAGAAGGUAUCAGGGUAACCUGGAUUGGUCAUGCUACAGUUUUAGUGCAGAUUGAAGGAAUAAACCUUCUGACAGAUCCUAUGUUCAGUGAACGAGCUUCUCCUAGUCAAGUGGUUGGGCCUAAAAGAUAUCGAGAUGCACCAUGUUCAAUCAGUGACUUACCAACCAUUCAUGCUGUGAUCAUUAGUCACUCUCAUUAUGAUCACUUGGACUUGAAUUCAGUGACCCAAUUAAACAUCAGGUUUGGGUCUGAGCUACGAUGGUUUGUACCAAUGGGGUUACUUCCUUGGAUGAAUCAGGUGGGUUGUGACAAUGUGGUGGAGUUAGAUUGGUGGGAAGAAAAUUGUCUUCCUGACUUCAGUCAUGUUUCCUUUGUCUUCACUCCAACACAGCAUUGGUCAAAACGAACUAUUUCAGAUGACAACAAGGUAAGACCUAUUUUUCAUUUCAGGAAAGAACAAUAGUGAAUUGUGAAUAAGACAAAGAUUUCCAUGUAUUUACAAUGUAAUAAUUUAAAUCAGUGUUUCAAUAUCCUAUACAUGGAC